UUCAGGUAUCCAGGUCUUCAGGUCUUCAGGUAUCCAGGUCUUCAGGUAUCCAGGUCUUCAGGUCUCCAGGUCUUCAGGUCUUCAGGUCUUCAGGUAUCCAGGUCUUCAGGUAUCCAGGUCUUCAGGUCUCCAGGGACCAGGGAACAAGACGACUCCACUAAGGGCGAGCCUCUGAUUGGCCAACACAUGUUGGAAGGCGGAGCCAUGAUGGGCAAAGAUUACAUGUUGGCCAUCCUGAUAGUCAACUAUGACGAUGACCUCUGGGCCGACCAGAACCUGCAGCCCGACCCGGACCUUCCCGCCGGCUGGAGGACCAUCAGAGACUCCACAGGAACGUACUACUGGCACGCUCCCACGGGGGCCACCCAGUGGGAACACCCCCGCCUCAGUGGGCCGGCUCAGCUGCUCCACUCAAAGGACUCCAACAGAGAGACAGACGGAGCACCUGAGGCCAGGUCUUCAUGGCAUGAAGAUUAUCUCACGUACCACGACCCCAACUCCAAGUGUUUCGCAGUGCGCUCUCUGGGCUGUCUGGAGGUGGAGGAGGAGGACCUGUCUCCCGGUCGCAGCAGUCUUGCUGUCAGUAACGUCAUCCAGCAGCUGUCUCACUGCAGCAGCCCGGAGCAGAGAGACAGGCAGGGAGCCUCGGGGGAGGGUCGGGAGAUGAUGCUGGUUCUGAGGAAAGACACCCUGACCCUGUUGGACCCUUAGACCACGCCCCUGCACUGUCAGCCAAUUAGCAACAUCCGUGUGUGGGGGGUGGGCUGCAACAACGGCAGCCCUCUGAUCACAUGCUGGUCAGCCACAACACUGUGUGUGUGUGUGUGUGUGCGUGGUGCCUUCAGGGACUUUGCGUUCGUGGCGGGCGAUAAGGACAGCUGUGUGCUGAAGUGUCACGUGUUUCGCUGCGACGCUCCGGCCAAAGCCGUCGCCACGGCGCUGCACGAGAUGUGCUUCAAGAUGAUGACAGAGAAGACGUCGAUGAGGCCGACUCGCUCACUCACCAUGGAAAGCAUCUCACCUGAAGACCUGCCGAGACAAGUGGACUUUCUGGAGGCGGUGCGGCAGCAGGUCCAGAAGUUUGAGGUCCAGUACAUCGGAAACCUGUCGGUGUCCAAAGCUAUGGGUAUGGAGGUGUUGAACCGAGCGAUAGAAAACAUCCUGAGCUCCACCGACGAAGACGAGUGGGAACCGGCGGUGAUCCACGUCACGGACCACGUCCUGUCUGUGUGGGGGGGGCAGGAAGGGGAGGAGCCUCUCUGGGAGUGUCAGGUGCACUCCCUCAGCUUCCUGGGCGUCGGCCAUGACAGUCACACCUUCGCGGUGAUCGUGGACGGCGGCGUGCAGCGCUUCCUCUGCCACGUGUUCUGGUGCCGGCCGGACGCCGGGCCGCUGUCGGAGGCGGUGCAGGCGGCGUGCAUGGUCCAGUACCAGAAGUGUCUGGUGGCCCAGACUCCUCCCCCGAGGACCAAGUCGCGGCACGCGGCCCCGUCGAAGGUCAAAAGGGCGAAUUCUAUGGACGCCUUCCCUCCUCCCUCCUCCCGUCACCAUGGCAACAGCAGCGUGAGGAAGGGCAUGCUGGCCAUCUUUGACACUCUUCGUAAACAAGCCGCCUCCUCCUCCUAACUAGGGGGCGGAGCCACGGAGACGGGAGUCACCACGCGGCUUCUCAAAGGAUUCUGAUUCGCCUGAUUCUGUCACCUGAGAGACGAGAAGAGGAGAGGAGAGAGGAAGAGAGGAGACAAGAGGAGAGGAGACGAGAGGAGGAGAGGAGAAAAGAGGAGAGGAGAGGAGGAGGAGAAAAGAGGAGACGAGAGGAGGAGAGGAGAAAAGAGGAGAGGAGGAGAGGAGAGAAGAGGAGAGGAGAGGAGACAAGAGGAGGAGAGGAGAAAAGAGGAGA